CAGUGUGUCCGAGGAGGCGCUAGUGUAUAGGAGUGCCCGCGUCUCUCUCUCAGGAAAUGAGCAACAUCAUCACUACGUCUCAUCAACAGCAUCAACAGUCAAAACGGCAGCGACAGCAACAGUAGCUACGACAAAUGCAAUUUUUUUUGCAAAAAGUAACAAUGGUAUGAGAAGCUGUGGCGAUAACAGUACUAACAGGAUCAACAAUUGCAACAGUAACAACUGUAGCAGCAAAAAAGGAAAAGUUACAUUGAGAGAUACAGUAUCAAUUACAACCGAAUCAUCAACAGCAACAACAAAAGUUCCUGUAACAAAAGGUACGACAAAACAGCCCGCCCUCAACAACCACGACUGCUACAUCUACCGAGUUAGCAGCAGCAACAGCAACAACAACAGCAGCACCACCAACAAAGACAGAGACAGCAUAAGCUUCAUUAUGUCCAGCUUAUUCUCUUCGGUCACCACCAUGUUCGCCGAGGCUGACCGAGAAUUUGACCAGUGGAGGGCGAGCAACAAGGACUUGCAGCAGGACAUAGAGGAGAUACAGAAGCUGGUACGAGCACUCACUAAGAGCGCCAACGACAUCCAUCACGAGUGUACCAAACCCCGCGAGAUGACCAUGAGGGGAGACCCCACCGUGAAGCUACGCGUCGGCAACACCAAGGCUAAGGCAAGCCUGUGGGAGGAACAGGAGGCGAAAGGUGGAUCAGUCAAGUCAUCAGGAUAUAAUAUGCAGAGAAUGCCCCAUUGUGUCAACAGGAGUUCAUGUGUCGAAGCAGAGAGGAGAGUACCUCAUUGCACUGACAGGUCAUGUGUUGAAACAGCUGCAUCUAUUGGUGUCUCCUCCAUCCCUAGCAGAAAUUGAAUGACUGCAGAAAAAUGAUUAUGCAGCCAAAAGAAAUAGAAUACAGUACAGGUAAAUGGUUUUGUGAACAGAGCGAAUGUUAGAAGGCGAAUGUUUGUCGUGGAUGAACAAAUUGACAAAAAACAUCAUUGUUCUUAGCUCCAGAAUUUCGGUUGUGGACCAGAUAUUGUUUUUCUGUGAGAACCCAAGGACCACCUUAAUUUAGGUUAGCAUUAAAGGUAUUAAUCUUAAGGUAAAAAAAAGCUGGGUGAUCCAAACAAAAGAUUCCUAAAACUUUACAUAGUGUUUCAAAGUACUGUACAGCACUGUACAUAUUACUGAACAUGGGGAAAAUGGGAGUUUGUGUCACUUGAAUAGUCAGAGUAUUAAGUAUAUUCAAGUUAUUAGCAUUAUUUUGACCAUUAAAUUAUAUUAUUUUACUUAAUACUGUAAAUAAAUCAAACACACCGUCUAGCUCUUGAGUAUGAGUAUGGAUUUCUGUUUUAUACAUACCGGUAUUGAGAAAGUUUGAAAUUAAAAUACAGUACUGUACAUGGAUAGACAAGUGUUAAUAUAUCAAGUAUUCUAAAUUGAAGUAAAGGUGAGGACAGUUACCCUAAGAUUAGUGUUAAGCUCUGUGUGUGUGUGAACGAGAACAUGCAUAUGUAUAGACAAAAAUGCAACAUUACGGUAUAUUAAAGAAAGUAUUACAUGCUAUCACUUAGUUGAUGGUAUAUAAACCCUGUACCUUAAGAUAACUGAGUAAUAGUGUUAAGAAUAUAAUCUAAUGUAUUUCAUGAUAAGAUAGAAUUAUUAUGUAUGUUACUUCGUUUUCAGUACAGUAUGUAUGUUAUUGCUGAACAUGUCAUCACUCAUUCUUUCACCUUGUCCCCUCACCUUCUCUACAGUACCAAACCUGUACACUAGGCCACUUCUUCCUCUUAAAAAUCAAUCAAGACA